AAACUGAUGCUCCUCUGCGCUCUUUCAGUUCAUCAAACUACAAGAAGUCUCCUGACCAGCGGCUUCCUGUAGAAGGCGGGACCUGACAACAAAACAGCCGUGUUAACCAAUCAGAUCUCGAUAACAUGCGCCAACGUGUGAUGAUGCCAUGGGAGCGGAGACGCUCCGGAGACGCUCUGGAGACCCGAGCAUGGAUCGCUGCUUGUUGUAGCAACAACUGUCACUAAGGGGACCUCAGCACUUCCCUACCCACACAUGCCUGAAGAGAGGAUUAGUCAUUCACACUGGCAACACAGAUCAGCUGUUCGCAUGUGGGAGCAGAUCAGCGUUUACGUUUUCCUCCCUAAUCUGUAGGAAUGGAAGGACCUUGGUCUCACACUGACCCCGGUUGGCGUCUGUCUCCGGUCUCUGAGCUUUCCAGCUCCAUGCAGAGCCUCCGCUGCCAGGACAGCAGUCUGACCCCGGGACCCAGGAGGCGUCUACAGCUGACACCAGAGCUGAACAGCCCGGACGGAGGGCCCUCAGGGGCCGAGACGCCCACAGUGAGCAGGAGAAAAUGUUACAGGAAAUUAACAUCACCUGAAUUAACAUCAGACCUGUGUGAUUUGUGGACACAGGGUCUGACAGGAGAUCCAGAGAGGGAUGAAGAUGAUGAGGAUGACAAAGAAAACAACAAUACACGAAGGAAGGUUCGAGUGAGACUGUUCAGCCCGUCUAGUCCAGAAGAGUCACCAGCAGAGCGAGACAUGAAGGAACCGGAUCCAAGGUCGUUGAUGUUAUUCCAGAGACUGAGGAGCAGGAGAAAGGCGUCUGACCCGCCCGUCCCUUAUAGUGGCGUUAUCGAUCAGUACCUCAUCGGAGACUUCAGCAAGUCUUAUGCACUUCCUGUCGAGAAGGUGGAUCAUCAGGAUCUGCACUGCGUCUCGGCUCAAACUGUGGCGGAUUUGAUCGGAGGGCAGUUCGGCUCCGUAGUGGAAGACUUCCUCAUCGUCGACUGCCGAUAUCCGUACGAAUACGACGGCGGUCACAUCAAGGGGGCGGUGAACCUGUACACCGAGGCGCAGAUCAGACAGGCCUUCCUCCGGGUGGAGUCUCCGGGUUCCCUGAGAGGAGCGGAGGAAGUCGAAGACGGAGGGUCGUCAGCGAGGAGGCUGAUAGUCUUCCACUGCGAGUUUUCCACCGAGAGAGGACCACGCCUUUGUCAGUAUCUGAGGAAGCUGGACCGGGAUCUACACGCUCAGGCGUAUCCUCAUCUUCUCUACCCCGAACUCUACAUGCUGCAGGGCGGAUACAAGAGAUUCCACGCUCGCUGGCCGGAGCUGUGUGAGCCGGCGGGUUACGUCCCCAUGCGCCACAGGAGCUUCAGAGAACAGUUUCGGCGCUUCAGUGGAAGGAGGCGCUCGCAUCGGCGCAGAAGUCCGGAGAGAUCUCGGCAGACGCCCGCGCACACCUUUGACGGAACUGUGGGGGCACUGUGAGGGAUCGAGUAGCAGCUCCUGAUCUGAAUGAUUAGAAUAAAGAAUUGAGAUGUUGUAAUAUAUAUAUAAUAUACAGUAUAUAUAUAAUAAAUCUAUA